AGAUCAAUUUCAAAGAUUUGGGGGGCUACUAAGAAAAUAUUGAAGAUUUGAGGGGCUAAUAUCAAAAGAACCCUUCAAUUUGUGUUGCUUCUUAAACAGUUCUUUCUUUUGAUAAUGAGGCUAUCUAUGUCCUUUAUUGAGAUGAAUGAUAGUUCUUAUAACAUCCCUCAAUUUUGGUUGGUUUAGCAUCUAAUUUAUGAUUUUCCUGUAAUUGAUAGUUAUUUUUGCUAUAUGUUUUGUGCCAGUUAAGGCUGUGCUAUUUCUUGAAUAAUUUUUUAGAAUUAAUAUUUCCGACAAAUAUACCCUCGGACUGGAAUAAGAAUGCUUAUUAUUUGACAGGUUAAGCUGUUUUGAUAUUUAAUUUAUACUGCUUUAAGUGAUUUUUUUUUUAAUUUUAAAAUAACUGGAUUACUAGGUGAUUGUUUUCUUCAUGAUAUUCUUUCCUCCAUUUGUUUUUAUUCUUAUUAGUGAUAUGUGGACAUUCAUUUCAAGAAAACAUCAAAUGUUUUCCCUUAGUACUUCACUAUCCAUUGUUAUUGGCUGCUUGGUCAUUUCAAGUAGCCUUGCAGCUGCCUUAUUCUUUUUUAGUAAACUGCAGAUAACUCCACUCAUCACUCAAUAGUACUUAUCAGCUUCAACUCGUAUAUUAGCGCUCAUCACUCUGGGGUACGAGUUGACGGGGUGAUAAGUACUACUGAAGAUAUAAAUGAGGGGUUAUAUGCAAUUAUUCUUUUUUUAAAAAAAAUUGAUGUGAAUGAAUAUUUAUUUGCCUUUACCCCUGUUGAUUCCCUUUUCUAUAACACCGGUAUCAACAGUCCAUUCAGAAGGUACUAGAUAAGGUAAACCUUUUGAUUUUGGGGGGAGUGAAGAUAAAGGUAGAAAUGAAUUCGGCCAAAGUGAAGCGGCGUGUGGGUGAUUAUGAGCUAGGACGAACAAUUGGAGAAGGGACAUUUGCAAAGGUCAAGUUUGCUAGAAACGCCAAAACUGGUGAAGCCGUUGCCAUCAAAAUUCUUGAUAAGGAGAAGGUUCUCAAGCACAAGCUAGUUGAACAGAUCAAGCGGGAAAUUGCAACCAUGAAGUUAAUAAAGCAUCCCAAUGUAGUUCGCCUGUAUGAGGUAAUGGGAAGCAAAACAAAGAUAUUUAUCGUUCUUGAAUUUGUAACUGGGGGAGAGCUCUUUGACAAAAUUGUUAAUGAUGGACGGAUGAGGGAGAAUGAAGCACGAAAAUAUUUCCAGCAACUAAUUAAUGCUGUUGAUUAUUGCCAUAGUAGGGGCGUUUAUCACCGUGACUUGAAGCCGGAAAACUUGCUCCUUGAUCAGUUUGGGAACCUCAAAGUUUCUGAUUUUGGAUUAAGCGCAUUGUCUCAACAAGUCAGGGAAGAUGGAUUACUUCACACAUCCUGUGGAACUCCAAACUAUGUUGCUCCUGAGGUCCUCAAUGAUGAAGGCUAUCAUGGAGCAACUGCAGACAUAUGGUCAUGUGGGGUCAUUCUCUUUGUACUGCUUGCCGGGUAUUUGCCUUUUGAGGAUGAUAACCUUAUGAUCUUGUAUAAUAAAAUCUGUGCUGCUGAUUUUACGUUUCCAUCUUGGCUUACUUUUGGUGCAAAGAGACUGAUAACGAGGAUCCUUGACCCAAAUCCCAUGACGCGGAUUACGAUGUCUGAGAUACUGGAGGAUGAAUGGUUCAAGAAAGGGUAUAAGCCCCCUGUUUUUGAGGAGAAAUAUGAAGCAAAUUUGGAUGAUGUGGAAUCGGUCUUCAAGGACUCAGAAGAGAAUCAUGUGAAAGAGGAGAGGGAAGUGCAGCCAACACCAAUGAAUGCUUUUGAACUUAUUUCUAUGUCGAAGGGGUUAAAUCUGGGAAAUUUAUUUGACUCUGAGAUGGAAUUCAAGAGAGAAACCAGAUUCACAUCAAAAUGUGCAGCAAAAGAGAUAAUCAGUAAGAUUGAAGAGGCUGCAAAACCACUUGGAUUUGAUGUUCAGAAGAAAAAUUAUAAGAUGAGGCUAGAAAACGUGAAAGCAGGAAGAAAAGGAAAUCUGAAUAUUGCUACUGAGAUUUUUCAAGUGGCUCCUUCUCUUCAUAUGGUAGAGGUGCGGAAAGCUAAAGGGGACACACUGGAGUUCCACAAGUUCUACAAAACCCUCUCCAAUGGCCUCAAGGAUGUUGUUUGGACAUCAGAAGAUAUGGAAGGUAAAGCUGCUUUCUCAUGAUAUACAGAACCGCAGCAGAUUUAUUUGUUUCUGUAAGAUGUAAAUGAUGUUCUUGUUGAGUAAUCAUCUCCAAAAAAUUUCAGUUCUAUUUCAUUUUGUCAUAUGGAACCUUUGUUCUUUACUGCAUUUUUCUUUUUCUUUUUUCCAUUUUCCUUUUCAUGUAUUUCAGAAGACAGGAGUGUGAGUUCUAUGUGUAGACAGUUUUUUCAGUUAAUAUAUUAGAGAAGAGGGGUUUUCCAUU